AUGAAAGCCGAUCAACAGACCGAUGAAGGAUACAUAGAACAGAAAAUGGAUGAGCCCUCAUUUCUGAAUAGUCUCACUGAUGACCAAAAAGCAGAAUUGGCUUUUCGCCUCUUACGUAAUAUACCCUUAUCAAAAACAAGACAAGUUGUCGACUCAUUACAACUUAUAUUAAAUAAAGAUCGUAUAUCUUAUCUACCGAAAGAGAUUGUUUUGAAUGUUUUGUAUUAUCUAGAUAUCCCUUCUUUGCAUCAUAUGAGCCAAACGUCAAAAUUCUGGUUUUAUACCUGCCAAGAUCAAAUCUUGUGGAAAUAUUUAUUUUUGGAACAACAAUGGACAGUAAAUCAAGCUGCAAUUGAUCGAUACCUAACUUAUUGCCGCCCUCGCAGUCAUCAUGGGAUAAUUCAAAAAACUUUAAAAGUUAUCAGUAAUUACGCCCCUGAAACAUCUACAACAUCUUCAUCCAGCUCCUCUUCGUUUAUUGUCAACGAUGCACCUUUACGUUCUUUGAACAAUUUUGAACAAUCACAACAACAGCAACAACAACAGAGUCAGGAUAAAGAAGUGAUAUCUCGUGUUAUUGUUGAAAGAUUCUCGAAUACAUCUCUUAGCAAUAGGCGCUAUCCGCGGAUCUUUAGUGAAACUGCAUAUUUUCAUUACGAUGAAUCUGAAGAUAGGCGAUUUAUCAACUGGAUGAGACUUUACCAUAACCGAUUAAAAAUAGCUAAACGAUGGAAAAAAGUUCAAUGUAAUAUGAAAAUGUUUCCUCCACUUCAAUCUUAUAUGAUAACAGCGCAACCAACGACAACAACGACAACAGCGACAACAACCAUAUCUACGGAGGUUGGACCAGCGCAGAACGAAAAUAUUGAAAAUGAAGUAUCAAGACCUACAAAUGAAAGUACACUUGAACAACAGCAUCAGCAACAAAAUCAGAACAGUGGUAUUUAUUGCUUACAAUUCAAUGAUCAAAUUUUAAUGACAGGAAGUCGAGAUCGCUGUAUCAAAGUUUGGUCUAUCAGAACAGGACGUCUAAAGCACAAGCUACAAGGACAUUUGGGCAGUGUCCUCUGUCUACAAUUUGAUAAUCACUAUGUAAUUAGCGGAAGUAGUGAUAGCCGACUCAUGAUAUGGGAACUGCACACAGGAAAACACAUUAAGACGUUAUAUGGCCAUUCAGAAAGUGUGCUUAAUGUAAAGUUCAAGAAUAACCUGGUCGUUAGUUGUUCAAAGGACAAAACAUUGAGAACAUGGGAUUGGAAAAAAGAUGAUAUCAAAGAAUCAGACAGCAGACACAACGACAAGAAGCGUGGCGGAGUGACACUCAUGGUCUUCCGUGGUCAUCGAGCCGCUGUAAAUGCAGUACAGUUCAAAGAUGACCGGAUCGUAUCUGCUUCCGGUGAUAGAACAAUUAAAAUCUGGGACAUGAACACGGGUCAAUGUUUGAAAACUUUGGAUUCUCAUAGUCGAGGCAUUGCUUGUGUGGAAUAUGACGGGGAAUAUAUUGUUAGUGGUUCAAGUGAUCAGUCCAUUCGAGUUUGGAAUGCGCAUACGGGAGAAUGUAUUCAUAUCUUGAUUGGCCAUACAGAUCUUGUUCGGACGCUGCAAAUGAAUCGGACCUUCAAGACCAUCGUAAGCGGCAGUUACGAUGGUACAGUGAAGAUCUGGAAUUUGGAGGAUGGCAAAUUGAUAAAAACAUUACCACAAACUGCACAUGGCAGAAUACUGAAUUUGCAGUUUGAUUUCAGUAAAAUUGUUUGCUGUUCUAAUUAUGGAAGAAUUGUUAUCUAUGAUUUUGCCUCUGGUAUCGAUACUCAAUUUUUGCAGGGCUAA